GCAUGGCGAAAAAAGUGAUACCAAAAGCUAUAUAAGAAUGAAAUGAGCGGGGAAAAAUCAGAGUUGCGUAUCGUCGUCUACUUGUUAAGGUUACUUCGAGCUAAAUAGCACACAUAUUCUAAUUCCAGUCCAAUACAAUAUGCGUGCAAUGCUGAUUCUGUUUUUUCUUCCGUUGCUUGUCCCCGUGAAAAACGACAGCCCACCGGACGUUACAAGAGAGCUCCGGCAAAUGGCGUCCCAGAGCAACCCGGAGCAUCGUCAAUACGUGUACAGCUCCAGUCUUGUAAAAGUGACUUCGGAGCAGGAUAUCGUGAUAAAUGGCGCAGGCAUCAGGUACAUUCAGCCUGGGGCUUUCAACGGUUGUGAGACGGCCCAGACUCUCAUGAUGGCAGACAACAAAUUGACUACCCUGACAGGAGGCAUGUUUCAUGGUCUGUGUGACCUUACGGUCAUGAAUUUUUUCAAUAAUACAAUUAUGGACGUUGCCAAUGGAGCCUUUGAUACUCUGCCAAAUUUGAUAGAGUUGGAAUUGAGCUAUAAUCGCUUGAGUAGACUCGGCGAUGGUGUCAGAACCGGACUGAAAAAUCUGCGAACGUUGAAAUUGAACGAAAAUCCUUUUAUUUUGAUGAGAGAUGGAUUUACGGGAUUUUCGAAGCUGGAACUGCUCGAAUUAUCUGGGGCGAAUAUCUCGGUGAUUUCUCUGGGCAGUUUCAACGGCCUAGAUCAACUUCAGCGGUUGGAUCUUUCCAAUAAUAAGUUCACCUCUACUUCGGAAGCGUACUUUGAAACAUUGGCACAGUUGAAAGAACUGGAUCUCUCAAUGAAUGCCAUUUCUACUAUUCGCAAACGUACCUUCAGUGGAUUAACGAAGUUGACGGACUUGUGGCUGAACAACAACCAAAUUCAGGUUCUCGGCUCUUAUAACGCUUUCGAGUGGAUUACAAACCUGAAAAAGUUGUACCUGAAUGGUAAUCCACUACGCAUGUUGAACGUGGCAGUUUUUAGCAAGAUAGAAAGUGUCGAGAUUGAGCCUGGAUUUAAAUGCGAGCCAUCCCAAGAAGUUCAGAAGAAUUUUGUCAAUGCGACAUCUCGCUGGUUUAUUUGUAAUGAUUCUGAUGGGAUUUUUUUACCUUACCACUGCUACGCAAUGUAUAUCGUUGGUCAAUUGGAAUAGGAAUGUCACAGAAAUUAUGCAAAUGUCAUUUAUUUGUAUCGAGACUGUAAUGAUACAGACAAGAAUUCAUUAUUGAGAUAAUAGAUAAAGUCAUAUAUCGUUCCAAGUCUGAUAUUUCAUGAAAUUUUUUAGCCUCAACAGCCUCGAAACGCUGCGAUAAAUACAAAAUAGUUCAUAGUGAUUCGACGCGCUUAAGUACGUCAUAUUUUUCUCGUACGAAUUUUGUAUCUUACUAUAUUUAUUGCGAAUUGUAAGAAAAAUACAAAAUAUCACGCAUAUCUCAUUUUAUAAUAUUGUGUGCAUGUCGAGUUAACCUCAAGCUGCAGAGAUAAAAAGGAAAAAUAAAGAACUCUCGUGUAUCCAAUGGCGCUAAUAUUGGACACAUUGAGUUCCUGUAUCAUUAUAUGUGCAUCGUCAUAGCCGGUGAUAAUAUUUUAUAAAUGAAGUGAUUCGUAAUAAUAUAUGAACUUGUUAUCGGGAUGCAUGCAACAUUUGUCAUUACCUGAUAAGCACGUUUCACGCAGGCGUACACUAUGUUAAUAUUUUUCGGUUGAAAACAUGCUACAUCUAGGCUCAAAUAUCUAUCAAUAUUCUAAUUCUGUGCAAGCAUAGCGAAGUCAGGAAGCUAAUUAAAUACAGCUAAAAUUCCAAACC